AUGACGUCCCUACACCAACAGACCGUUCCACCGCUGGUCAAGUACCUUAGGAAUUUGUCCCAUCUCCUCCAAAAAGGUGCCAAGUUCUGCGAGGAAAAGGGCGUCAAGCAUGAAGAACUUCUCACCUACCGUCUAAUCGCCGACAUGCGAGGACUCCCAUACCAAGUCCAAUCCUGCUCCAACACAGCUAAACACGCCGUCUCCCGCCUCGGCGCCCCCAACAUCCCCAUCUUCGAAGACACCGAAACAACAUUUACAGAGCUGCACGCCCGAAUCGACCGGACAAUCGAAGUCCUCGAGUCCGUAGACCCAGCCUGCAUCAACGGAAAGGAAGAGCAAGAGGUCAUCAUGGAGACUGGGAUGGGAAACUUUCGCUUCACGGGGCAGAGAUAUGUCUCCGAGUUUGUGCUGCCCAACUUUCACUUUCAUCUCACUUCGGCGUAUUGUAUCAUGCGUGCGCAGGGAGUCCCGCUUGGGGCGUUUGAUUAUCUCAAAGAUGUUUUUGAAAAGGUUGAGAAAGAGUGA